AUGGGAAACUAUUUUUCUAUAAAUUUGGAAGAUCAUUACAGACAAAAUGAAAAAUUUCUACAAAGUUUAAAUGAAAUAAAUAUGGAAAGACAAAUUCAGUUGAGAAAUCAAAUGGCUGAGAGACAGAAAGCCAUGGAAAUCGCCAAAAAUAGAGAUUUAUGUCUUUGGUACACAACAUUUUACAUUGCUGCUACAACUGGUCUAUUUACUGGGUUCAGGCGAACAAAGAGGGCUUAUUUCUUAUUUCCUCUUUUACCUCUCACGUUUGUAGACCUAUAUUACUGGGAUCUUGCCUAUGGUAAUAAAAUGCAUCGCUUGAGAAUGGAAGCAGAACACAUAAUGACACAUGAAUCUGACAUGUUGGAGGUACCUUGUGGACUUCCAACACCAUCAUCUAUUGAUCAAGGCCGUAGGGAUGAAGAAGAGAAGCAAAAAAUACAUCCUCCUUUACCU